UAUAUUCUCAUAAAAUAUUUAUUGCUUUUAAUAGUCACUUCGGAUAAUUAUCAUCAGAGGUAACUCAACUUUAUGAUAGUUUUUACUAAAGUUACUGAACUUUAAUUUCGUUCAAAAAAAUUACUUGACUUCAAUUUCGCAUAAAACAAACUAAUUGUUCUUACCUCCAUUCACAUCUCUGUCCAGGUGAUAGAUAUGACAAAUUCACGUGUAUAAACUAGUGAAUGUAUACACACUCUCUUUUUUGCAUACUCUUUCCUACAUGCACAAGUCACAUCUCUCUCCCUUUAUUCUAUUUAAAUCAUUUUACUUGUCUGAAUAUGGCACUUCUCUUGUCUGUUUGAAGGAAAAUGAGAAAGCUUUUAGAUUUGAGCUUGUAAAAAGAAACGAUGGAGCGAGGUGAGUAUGCAAUAGGUUUUUCUAGAUGUAUUUGCAAUAUUGAAGCCAAUCUGCGCACUGCUUGGACUGGCAGUAAUCCUGGGAGGCGUUUGCAUGGUUGCAGAAAUUAUGGGACAUCAAAUUAUUGUGGGUAUUUUCAGUGGUAUGAUGAUCCUUUCCUGUUAAGAGCAACACAAGUGAUUUCUGGGUUACUGAGGAGGAUUGAUCGACAUGAUCUUGAUCUUCAAGCGGCCCGAGGGAAAGAGAGAAAGUGGAUGUACAUUGCACUGUGUUUGGCACUUUAUAUUGUGGUGGAGAAAGUGUUUAUUAGAUAAGCUUAUGAAGACUAAGGGCUAAGUAAAAUUUCAAUUGACAUGAUAAAAAAAUGCAUAUUGAUUUAGUGGUUGUGUGAUGGUUAGUUUUUUUUUUUUUUUUUUUUUUUGUACAAUGGAAUUGUAGUGUUUAAGUAUAGUUUAUAAGUAGAGAGGAGGGUUUGGUGGGGGUUUUGUAUGAAUAGAUAUUGUUGCAGAAUGUGAACUGAAAGUUUAUAAAAAUAUGAAUGAAUGUCUUCUUU